ACCAUCUUAUAUCUCAUUGGCCCAGCUAAACAGAAAUCAUUGAAUGUCAAAAUCAUUCCAAUAUAUUUUUGUUGCUUCAAUAACAGUCAGCAGUUUUCGUUGUGAUAAAGUGACUUUCAUAUUACUGCAAUAAAUAUUCGCGAACAAAAUGCUUGGAUUCGAAAAUUUUCCGGAAUAUGAAGUGCCUGGAGUGCGCCAGGUCCAGUUCUAUCCCUACGAAUCGAAUGGCGGGAGUGUAGUGGCAAUUGCCGGAGAUGACUUCGCCGUUAUUGGCGCGGACACUCGUUUGAGUUCGGGUUAUUCAAUCCAUACGAGAACCCAGAACAAACUGUUCCGGAUGUCGGAGAAAACUGUGCUAGCCUCUACUGGCUGUUGGUGUGAUACGCUUGCCCUAACCAGUCUAGUUAAAGUGAGAAUGCAGAUGUACAAGGAUCAACAUCAGAAGAAUAUGUCCACGCCAGCGGUUGCACAAAUGUUGUCGAUUCUGAUGUACAACCGGCGCUUCUUCCCCUACUAUGUUUCCAACGUUUUGGCUGGGCUGGACGAGGAAGGGAAAGGUGUGAUCUACAGUUACGAUCCGAUUGGACACUGCGAAAAGACAACUUAUCGUGCGGGUGGAUCUGCUGGUCCGCUGCUACAACCGGUGCUCGAUAAUCAAAUUGGACUGAAGAAUAUGGUCGGAGUCGAGCCAGAGCCGGUGAAGCUGGAAAAAGCUAUCUCUAUAAUUAAGGAUACAUUCAUAUCUGCAACUGAGAGGGAUAUCUACACGGGGGAUUCGGUUAUGAUCAAUAUUAUCACGAAGGAUGGCAUUAAGGAAGAGGUGGUUCAACUGAGAAAGGAUUAAGUGGAAACGUGCUGAGGGAUUUAUUUGUAUUUCAAACGAUUGAAUGUAUCCAAUAAACUAAAUUGUAAAACGUAGAA